AUGGAGCACGCACACGGGUACCUGAACGCCUCAGGUACCCAUGCAACCCGCUUCGCCUCGCCCUCGCACGCCACUGGUGGACAGGCGACGACGGCGCUGGCGGCUGCACCGCUGAGUGGCCCGCCCUCCCGGCGCCUGGCCAGUGGAGCCACACGAGUGGGGUACUGGGCGGCUACCGGCCAGGAUGGCGUCGCCCGCGCCAACGCGCCGGUCACUCCAGGUACUGCUCGCGACAACCAAGUGUUGAGACGGAACCCGAGGGGUGCCCGUCUAUCGCCCAUCCACAACCCACCACCACACACGACUCCCCCAAGCACCAUCGAGCAGGGCACCACCAUCAGCGACCCUGGGGCGUGGGAGCCGUCUGUGACUGGCUGA